AUGUUUGCCAAAGCUAAGAAGGCCUCAAUGAAGAAGCUCAAGAAAAUUCGCGAUCUUGCUCGCAUGGCUGUCAAGCCUGAAAGUCCAGAGGAGAGGCGGAUGAAGCUGAAAAGGCGAACCAUGCUUGUUCUUCUCAACUUGGCUCUUUUAUCGUUCAGCAUUGCGCUGAUUUGUGCCGGGGUUCAAGGCAGACGGAACCUGAAGAGUGUGCUGGAUCGCAACAGUGACUUGGGACAGAACAACACAAGCAGCGUCGUCACAGAAGCCCAGCCUAGCAGUGUCAAUGACGUGGAUGAGAAUAAUGUGCCUGGUCGUUUGGAGUCCGCCCGGACGGAUUUAGGCGCAUGGAUGCUCGGCGAUCCAUUCAUUUCUCUGAUAGUUAUCGGUUCCCUCCUUAUUGCGAUUAGUGUGACUGGCGUUGUUGGAGCUGUUACAACGAAUCCUCAAGUUUUAUUCGGGUACUAUGCUCCCUCAUUUGUCAUGGUAGCGAUUUUGAUAUAUCUUGGUUGCUUCUGCUUCAUCUUCGCAGCUGACGAGAGGAUGUAUUCCGAGAUAUUGGAAACGUACGUCAGCACAACAGCACAAUCAGCAGUGGACCAAAUGUUGCUCGCGAAGACACAUCGAGCUUUGAUUGAAGGAGGCGUUCUCUCAGUUUUGUCCUCCGUCUUGCUCGUUCUUGGCCUCUGGAUUUCAUCAACGUUAAUGGGACAUGAAUAUGCUGCAAAGCAAAUGGCGAUGAGCAUGAAUAUUCUCACGAUGGUGUUUGGAGCAUUUAUUCUGUAUCUAUCCAUUGUUACAUCCCAAGCCCACAUUGCGGGAGCCUAUGCUGCCAUUAUUGUAGCUAUCGUGGGCGCCUUCACUGUUCUACUUUCCGUUGUUGGUUAUUUUGGCCUGGCAAACAACAGCAGGUUCCUGCUUGUCUUGCACUCGUUCCUUCUUGCUGUUCUGUGUCUUCUGCUUUUUAUUGGAACAAUUUUAUGCUUUGUUCUGCAAUCCCAAGCGGAUGCAUACAUACAGUCUCACUGGGAUCUGGUUACAACGAAGGUGGCGCACAUUAGCAAGGAAGAAGCGUAUGCUAUUGUCGGCAACCAUAUGGUGCUGAUUGGGGUGGCUGCCAUUAUCUUGUCAGUUUGUCUUCUCUACAACCUGUUUGCAUCAAUUCUGACACUUCACAGUAAUUGGAACAAUUGGGGCAUGAAGGUGAACAGUUUGGAAGUUGACGAGUCUGCAUUGCAAAGUUUUGUUUACAUGCGUCGUCGUUCGAGUAGUCAAAGUUCUGGUGGAAAGCGGCAUCGUACGAAGCCUAAAAAGCAACAGAAGAAACGCCGAGAGUCUUCAGAAGAAGACGAAGAUGACAGUGACUUUAUUGAAGUCCAUCUUUCAGAAGAUGAAGACGAGGAAGGCAAUAGCAGUGUUGUGGAAUCUUCAAGUGACAGUGAUGCCGAUUCAGAGGCUACAAACAGGAGGAAGGAGUCCAAGAGGAGUCGAAAGCAGCAGAAGCAGUCCGGCAAGAAGAGUUCAAAGAGGACAGGGAAGGAUGACCAAGAUGGGAAACGGCAGAGGACACGUAAAGGUCAACGGAAGGGGAAACAUGCUACUGCGACAGACCUACCAGCAGCAGCUGUGCCCACCCAACAGCGUGAUGCAGAGAACAGUGCAUCAGAGUUAUCACAUUCUGAUCUUGAAGCGUCCUACAAGCCAAAACCUGCUGUUUCAAAAUGGGCAGCUGCUGUGAAGCCAGAAACUACACCUGCUUCGGAGAAGGCGAACCCCAAGACCCCUAGCAAGGGCACUGCCAAGAACAAUGAUGCAGAGCGCCAUCCAGGUGGCACAGUCAAGAAGACAGACAAAGUUCUUGAACCAGAAGAUACUCAAAGGAGGACUAGCAAUUAUUUUGAAGAGAGUGAUUAG